AUGGCCGCCGAGUUGCCUCAACUAGAACAACAAGCAACAGCUUUAGCUAAUGAAGAACAAGUGUUAAAAAAUGAAGACCUAUCUGAAAUGGCUGCUGUUCAAGAGCCUGAGACGAAUCCAUCUAACAGCAACCUAACUUCAGUUAUGAGCAAUAGUCCGAAUUCCCACGUACAACAACAACAACAACAAAGUGAUACCGCAAUUAAUAUAGAUGGUCGUUUUGGGCCUAGUUGUGAUCGCAUUUUAUCAGACGAUGAGAUUGUUAACAGCAUAGUUGAAGCGAGCAAAAAAGCCGAUUAUCAUCGUCGGUUAUAUCUCUUUGUAGGCUGCAUUCCAUCACUUUUUAUUACUUGCAUUGCAUGGUCUACCUGGGCUGUCAAUUUAUGCUCACCAGAAUCAAGGAACGCUUGUUCAGCAUCGAACACCACAUACAUAAUCGGUAUUUCCUUCGCUUCUCUCACAGGCUUCAUAUUAAUUUGGGCUAUUCGUUAUGGCGCAAAGAACUAUAUGAAUGAAAGAAAGUAUCAUUUGUUGCGAAAAAAUGUUCACUGUUUAGUCAAACUUGAAGGUGAUCUAUGGACAAGAUAUGUCAAUUAUUUGUACGGAUCCAAUAGAAAAAGUUUUUAUUAUCUUGGAGCCGUUGGAGCUCUAACUUUUUGUCUUUGUCGAAUUAAGCAUUAUCAACGGUUGAUUGCACGAGGUUAUGGAUAUAUUAUCUUCUGUAAAAAUGGUUUCAUGCUUGAUGAAAUGUAUUGCGUUCUAUACAAUGAACCACAUACUAUUUUGCAAGUGCAAUAUGUGAGUGGCAUGGGACUCCGUGUGUAUAUUCUUAGAGAAGAUGCACAAUAUGCCGUAAAUCGUAAUUGGAGUUGGGAAAGACGACAACUAGCAGCUAGACAAGCUUUUAACCAACAGAUAGUACUGUGCUGA